AUGGUGUCGUUCUUGGGGAUGAAAUUUGGUGCGGAUAAGAAAAAGAAGGUUGAGAAAGCUCCGGAGCCGAGGCCCCAGCAGCAGCAGCAGCAGCGGAAGAGGAUCGAUCAGAACAUGCUCGGCGAGGGUCAGUUUUUCGGAACCGACCUCAAACGUCCCGUUAUGAUCAAUGGCUCCCGCCCUGGAACAGCAAUGUCGAAUAGAAGUUUCGCCAACAUGCCAGACAAUUUCAUGCCCCCCAAUGCACAAAUGGCUGCCGGGGGCUCAUCGCUGUAUGGCUCGCGUCCUGGGACAGCCAUGUCGAACAAGAACUUCGCCGCCGAUUUCCGUCAUCCAAAUGCACCGUACUUGAAUGGAGGUUCAUCUUCGUUGGUCGAUCUCAGUGCCCCGGGUGGCAAGGGUGGUAUCCGUCCCAUGGGAUCUGAGAGCAACCUGAACAAGGGCUGGAAGAACGGUUCAGUGACGAACCUGAAAAUCAUGCCAACCCCACCCAUCAUCACCAGUGAGCCAGGAACCCCGAGCUCGCAAGGCCGCAAGGCCGGCUGGGUCCACCCUCUCGACGUACAUUAUGCUCGUGACGGUGCGCUCAGCCCGGCGGGCUCCGCAGGUGGCCCCCGGUCUCCCGGGUUCGCGCCCAGUCUCGCACCGAGUCUCGCGCCGAGCGCCGCGCCGAGUGUCUCAAAUGCACCCCGAAGUCCUCUGGGCCAAUUCGAGUUCAACUUGAACCCUGGAGACAUACCGAAGCAUGAUGAACUGACACCAGCGCCCCUGUCGCCAGCCAAAGCGUACCCAUCUCCUCCGCAAUCGGUCAAUGGGUCCCUACCCCCUAUCAAGACCGAUUUCAAGCCAAAGAUUGCCGCUGUCAACACCACCCGUGACGCUUAUAGGCCUGGACCGACUUCUUUGCCUUCUCCAACAGCAUCGGCCGAGCGCACUAGUGAAGAAGAACGCCGAUAUCCUAGGCCCAUCAUUCAGAACGUCGCCGCGAAACGGGACACACUGACGUACCACUCACCAAGACGGCAGAGUUUUUCGAUGGACAUUGAUGAAGACCCGACCAGUCUCAACUUUGGUGCCAAGCAGCCAAACGACUCCGCACCGACGGGCCCACCGCCGAGAAGCGCGCUUCGACCUUCGCCACCGGAGCUGAAGAGCGGCAAGAAGUCCGGGUUUGCCAAGCCCUGGCGCCCCGCCUCCGAGACCUCGCCAGGUUCCGUUCGAGGGCCCGUUGAGAAGCCCGGCUAG